AUGGCGCUUGACGAUACAGGCAACGAGGAGGAGUUUCAAGGGGACCCCAGGGCUCUGCUAGAGAUCGACGAUGACGAUGAGAUCGAGCAACGCUUUUCUCGGGCCUUAGCCGCCAUUGACGAAGUUUCCAGUGGUGGUGGUCAGAUUCAGCUUCGAAAGGUUCUCCAGAGCACGCAAGGAGAGCUCCGCGAGCUCCGUGAUGAGUACCGCACUACGAAGAAGCAAAACAACGUUCUUUAUACUCUGCUUCCCGCGAACAAGAGGCGGGACUUCGACAGAGGUCUUUCCCUCGAGACCAUCAUUUAUCAGGCGAAGUUUCUAUCUCUUGGUCGCUUGUUCCCCCUUAUUGUUCGCCCUUGGGUGAAAGAGGGUUCCAUCCCGCCAUCUCCUCUAGCCCGGGAUGUUGACCCUGCUUCUCCUGACCGCUGGGCGAAUUCACAGGCUGAGGUCCUUGCUGCUAUGGCCGAUGUCUACAAAUUUCUUGAUGAUGACCCUUUGCGUGAUCUCAUUGAACAGGAUGAUAACAGCAAGGAGCACGAGUUCAACAACGUUGUAGAGGAAAGAGGUAAACAGAGUGUAUGGAGCCCCUCCGAGUCGGCGACCAGCAGGAAAGAGAGUCUGAGGAACUCGAACGUCAAAGUCUCAGCUUAA